AUGAGCAGUGCUAUUUGUGAUGCUCUUGGCUGGCAUGCUAGUGACGAGGCUGCUAAACUCACAGUGGGCCUCCAGGCUCCCUGGGACAUCUCCCAUCCAUACAGCAUGCAAAGGCUGGGUGCUGGCCUCUAGGUGGCCAUUGACAAGGUCAACUUAGAGAUGUCUCAUCUGGAAAACUUGAGUUGGGAGUUCACGCAUACUAAAACAGACUGCAGCAUCAAGGAAUCCCUAACUGUUUUCAUCAAACAGGUCCAGAGAGAAAGGAUUGCAGCUUUGUCUGGACCAGCAUACCCAGAAGCAGUAGAGGUUAUUGGUUUGCUGGCCUCUGAGUGGAACAUCCCCAUGUUUGACUUUGUUGGACAAACACCCAAGCUGGAGAACGACUUUUUGUAUGAUACGUACGUGAAACUUGUGCUACCCAGGCAGGAAAUGGGCAAUGUGCUCCAGAAAAGUCUCCAGUUCCUGGGAUGGAAGAAUACUGGGGUCCUUGGAGGCCAUUCAGGGGCUUCUUCCAGAGAUGGAGUGGAUGAGUUGUGGAAGGUUGUAGAAAACAAACUCAAAUCCCAUUUCGCCAUUACUGCUCAAGUGAAGUACACCAAUAAUGAUGCAGCCCUCCUUCAGGAGAAUCUUAGGAGCAUAUCAUCAGUUGCCAGAGUCAUUAUCUUGAUUUGCAGCUCAGAGGAUGCAAAUGCUAUCCUACUGGGUGCAGAAAAACUGGGGCUGAACACAGGAGAAUUUGUCUUCAUCAUUUUCCGGCAGUUUGAGGACGGCUUUUGGAAGGAUGUAUUGACUGAUCAGGAGAGGACACAUUUCCCAAAAGUCUAUGAAUUAGUGUUUCUCAUCGCUCUCAGCUACCGUGGAGAAGUCUCUGGAGAUGAAGGUUUCUGGGAAGAUGUCUACGGAAGGCUGCGGAGACCACCUUUCAACAGCUCCAUCUCCUCCAAGGAGCAGGUGAGUCCUUACUCUGCCUACGUUCAUGAUGCAGCCCUGCUUUACGCUCGAGCAAUGGAGGUGAUGGUAAAGGCUGGGGGAGACUUCCGGGACGGGCGGCAGCUGGUCCAGCAUCUGAAGGGCUCCAAUGGCACUGUGCCGCAGGGCAUUACAGGCCCUGUGCAUGGUGUGGACUCCCAGGGAGAAAGAUCCAUAGGUGACCUGGUCUAUGCCCUCCAGAAGUCAGGAAAUGGGUCUACUUUUCUUCCUUUUCUUCACUAUGACAGCGCCCAGAAAGUCGUCAGACCCAUGAGGAAUUUCUCCAAUAUUAGUUUGCCCCAUGGUUCUCUUCCUGAAGACAGACCUGACUGUGUCUUUUACAAUGAGCUCUGUGAUGCUGACCCUACUUUUACAGAUGCAGAAGAAAAGUGGCGGAGGCAACAUAAAGACAAAUGGCAAAUCAAUUAUGAUGACAUCAUCAUUCUGCCCCAGCGCAAGCCAUCCCAGAGGGGGACACCCGUGUCGAGAGGGAACCACAGUAGCAUGUCUAGUGUGAUGUUUUCUGGGCACUUCAGCUUCUUCGGCCAGCAGGGGGAUGAGCUCUCAUAUGCGCCCGUAGGACUUUACCAGGGAAACCAUGUAGCCAUUUACUUUGUUGCUGACCCAGAUGAAACUCAGAUUAAGAAGUCAACUGUGUGACAGGAAAUCCAGCUGAUGUGUGAAUUAAGGCAUGGCACCAUCGUCCCUUUCUUUGGUAUUUGUACGGAACCCCCAAACAUCUGCAUUGUCACCCAGUAUUGCAAAAGAGGAAGUCUGAAGGAUGUGUUGAAAAACUCAACUAUUGAAAUGGAUUGGAUGUUCAGACUCUCAUUUGCAUAUGACAUCACCAACGGCAUGUACUUCCUCCACCAGAGCCCCCUGGCAUCCCACGGCAACCUGAAGCUGACCACCUGCCUAGUGGAUGGGCGCUUGAAGGUGAAGCUGUCCGGCUUUGGGCUGUGGACGCUUAAGUGUGGACGGACAGAGAAGACUUAAAACGAGCGAAGCACGGACUAUUCAGAGCUCUACUGGACCGCCCCAGAGCUGCUGCGCCCCGGGGCACCCUGUGCCAGCACCCCACAGCGGGAUGUCUACAGCUUCGGGGUGAUCAUGCGACAACUCAUCCGCCACCAGGACCUCAGCGACCUCAAACCUUUAACAAACUCACCAAAUGAAUUUCAGAAAUCAUCAACCAAAUCAAAAAACCCCACGUCCACAACUCCACUGAGACCCUCCCUGUCAGAGGAAGAGGGCAUCGGAAACCUCGUGGGCAUGGUGAAGGCGUGCUGGGACGAGUCUCCAGAGGAAAGGCCCAGUUUCUCUUCCAUCAAGAAAGUUCUACGAGAAGCCAGCCCGAAGGGUCACGUGAGCAUCCUUGACAGCAUGGUAAACAAGCUGAAAGUGUAUGCUGGUCAACUGAGGGAGGUGGUGGAUGAGAGGACCAAUCUGCUGAUGGCAGAGAAGAGAAAGGUGGAAAAGCUUCUGGCCAGGAUGUUGCCCAGUUUCAUUGGAGAGCAGCUCAUAGCUGGGAAGUCUGUGGAACCAGAACAUUCUGACUCGGUGACAGUCUUCUUCUCUGACAUUGUUGGAUUCACAAAGCGGUGUGCUCUCAGCUCCCCUUCGCAAGUUGUAAAGCUUCUCAACGACCUGUAUAGCUUAUUCGAUGGUAUCAUUACAACCUUUGAUGUGUACAAGGUUGGAACCAUUGGAGAUGCCUACAUGGUGGCUAGUGGACUGCCUAUUCGCAAUGUGGUUCGCCAUGUGGACGAGAUGGCCACAAUGUCCCUGCACUUGCUCAGUCACACCCUCUUCUUCCGGAUUGACCACAUGCCUGAGGAGAAGCUCAGGCUCCACAUAGGUCUCCACACAGGUCCCGUGGUGGCUGGCGUGGUGGGAGCCAUGCCCAGGUACUGCCUGUUUGGAGACACGGUGAACAUGGCAUCCAGGAUGGAAAGCAGCAGUUUGCCUCUCCGGAUUCAUGUCUGCCAGAGUGCCGCCUCCACCCUGCUGGCCUGGGGAGGGUACAAUUUACAAAAGAGAGGCACCAUUGACGUCAAGGGCAAAGGAGAACAAACAAUUUUCUGGUUGAAAGGCAAGGAAGGCCUCACAAUUCUGCUUCCUGAAUUUGCUGAGGAAGACGCUAAAGUCCCUGAGAUCUUCUGA